AAACUAAAUGAAUUAUGUAAUUUUCCAGAAACAACUGAAAAAAUUUCGAUUUCGAUUUACAAUUACACUUUGAGGUUGUUCUACACUUUACAGGGUUUCAAAAAUCUGAAACUUGAAGAAAUUUCUGCUAAAUUUAUGUGAAUUGAUUUGUGCAACUAAUUAGCAAUGGAGGAAGUGAGAUCAGCAAUGGAAGAUCAUAUGAAUCAAAUGGCGGAUCUUGUUCAGAAGUUGUCCGAUGAACUUCGUUCUGGUUUCGCACCUGCUUAUGAUAGAUUCAUAGGUUUUUUCCACGCCAUUAAUUGGAAGGAGCCGUGGUUGAUGGGAUUAUUGGGAUUUUAUGUGUUACUGUUGCUGACUAUUAUCUUCUCGAGGAGACAUGUCAAUUUCCAAAUGUGUCUAUUCCUUCUUGCAUUGUCUGGUGUAUAUCUUGCUGAAAGAUUGAAUCAGUUUCUGGGUGCUAACUGGGAGAGUUUUGCCACUCAGAACUAUUUUGACCCACACGGAAUUUUCCUCUCUGUGCUAUGGUCUGGUCCACUUCUUGUCAUUGCAAUGUUAAUCUUGAUAAACACCCUCUUCUCAUUGUGCCAUCUGAUUGUUCGUUGGAAAAGGGCCGAGCUCAGACAUCGUGCAAGACUUGAGAAGAAGGAUAAUUAAGUCUGUGUUCAAUGUUAUGUUGUCAAAUAAAAAAGCUUGGUCUGUUGGUGAAAAAAGCGAAGGAUGCUCAAUGCAAGGUGCAUGAUCACAGAAUGGUCUUUUAUUUAUUAUUCUCAUCAGUAGCUCAUUUUAAGUUGAAUUACUAGUUUUGGACUUUUGAUUCAUGGUUUUGCAGCACCACCCAUUUCCUGAUGUAGAUCUGCAGCAGAGUGAACAGAAUUGUUACAAGUAUAAUUUUGCAUUUAGCCUGUUCUUUGUAAGCAGAAGAAACGGUUGUGACUAAGCUCAUUGGGGCUAGUGACAGUUUAGAAUUAGAACUAGGAUCUGUUUUGUGCCUGUGAGGCUGUGACUAGUUUUGAACUUUUAGAUCAAGCUCUUGUUUUGUUAGUGAAAGAUUUGGUUUUUAUUGGCCUGUACAACUAUUUGUACAUUUCUUUAUACUUAAUGAAGUACCUAAUGAAUUGUGAGA